ACUAUGACCAUAAUAAAAGGAGAGAAAUUAGUCAAUUACAAAUUUUGAAAUUAAAAUCUAUCAACUCAAAGUACGAUUGUAUAAUUACGCACACCAAACCUGUGAUGACACUAUAUGCUUGAAUUCUUGUUUAUAAGGGGGAAAAAAUCAUUACUUGUUUGUUUUUAUUAUACAUCCAAAAAACAACCUUACUAGCUGAGGUAAAAGGAAAAAGAGAAAAAGAGUAGUUUAUUGAAAAAUUGGAUAGAGUGGGGAGGUCCGGUGGAUCCGAGCCCGCCGGUUCCGGAGCUCACGUUGGCCCGAAUUCCUUCCUUUGCUUCCCAUUCCCUCUUUCUCUGACGACGAGAGGUCUCAAACUGCUCUGCUAUUAACCCACGCAGAAACAACUGCCCUCUCUUCCCACUCUUUCUUCGUCCCUCCCCACAUUCGAAACCUUCCAUUCCCUCUUCAUUUCCCCCUUCUUCUUCAAGCUCUCCUUUCAUUCCACACCUUCCAUCGCUUCCUCCAUUUCCAUUGACCUCCCCCAAAUGCCCGCUUCUUCCCCAAAUCACUCUCACCAGGCAAGCUUGAUUAAACUUCCUCUCCUUCUAUUUCCUCUACGUCCCUUAUUUGAUUCCGCUGAAAGUAACCCUGAAUUGGGGGAAACUCAUGAUUUCGAAGCCAUUGAUUCUCGCUGUUUCUGCUUCCCCUCGCUCCAGUGUUGGAAAUGGUGUUCGUGGGUGAAGUGGGAUGAACAGAAAGUUUCAAUCUUUUUGAAGUUCAAAUUUCCUCGGCUUCUCCUUAGUUUCUGUCUAGUUUGAGGGUUUCAAUUUUUAUAUGAUUGGAAGUUAGUUUGGAAGACUUCAACUUUGUUCAUAUUUUGUCUUCGCUCUAAGUUAUUAGCUUUAAAAUAGAAUCUUUGAACUGCUGCAUUGCUUGUCCAAUCACAUGUUCAUCAUUUGGGGUGGUUGAAGCAAGUUCUGGAUUCUUUUCUGGUAUCAAUCGUUUUCUGCUUUGCUAAAUCUUGGGUAUGGACAAAGCAAUGGAGAGGCAACAGUUAAAAGUAGCAUCGGUCUGUUUUUUGGUGGAAAUAAAUCAUACUAAAAUUUGUGUUCAUCUUUGAUUGGGUUGAAGUUAGUUGAGCAUAUAACUAGAUUGUUCAUUACAAUCUAUCUUUGAAUAAUCCUAGGUUAUUCAUCAAAAAAGAAUAAUCCUAGGUUAUAACUUGAAUUAAACAUGUGUUUCUGCUAUUUCUUGGUGAAGCUUGAUUCUGGGAAGUUGAAACUGUUCGUUGAAUGUCUCUAAUCUGUCUUCUACCUUUGCUCAUUUGCAGGUCUAGUUUCUAAGUGAUCUGGGCUGUGAUGCAAAGGAUUUUGGCCUCUUAGAAUCCUUUCAACGAUCUGUUCUUGGUUAGAUGAGGGCAUUUCCCAUGUGCUUCUCUUCAUUACAAUCCCCUCGUUAUGGAAUCCAUUCCUUGAGUAGUCUUUGGCAGGAUAGCUUCCACAGGUCAAGCAACAAACAUGGAAGCCAUAGGAGGUUUAAUGUUAUUAGUUCCAAACCGAAUGAACUCGAAGGAGGGUACAGUAGAAGAUGGAUUCGAAGCAAAACCACCGAAACUAGAAAGACAAUAGCCACCAGUCACAAUAAAAUACUAGAGGAAGAAGCUGCUGCUGCUGCUUCGACUAGUAGUGCUACUACAUUGAGAGUAGUUAACAAAACAGAACUGAAUGAGCUUCUGGCAUUCGGGUCAGCUUGUGAUAUAAGUCAGCAGCUUGCUGAGAGCAAAGACCUGCACAAGCUUGUGACGGUCAUAGUGUUUGAUCUCGAGACGACAGGGUUUAGCAGGCAGUUUGAUCGGAUUAUCGAGAUUGCAUUUCGUGAUCUGGGAGGUGGAGAGAACAGCACGUUCGAGACACUAGUGAAUCCUGAACGUCUAAUCCCUAACUCGCAUGUUCAUGGGAUCAACUAUUACAUGGUCACUAGACCUGGUGUUCCUACGAUGAAAGAGCUAAUACCAAUUAUGGUCCAGUACAUAGAAAGCCGCCGGAAGAAAGGAGGAUACGUGCUGUUAGUAGCUCAUAAUGGUCGUACUUUCGACGUGCCAUUCCUCAAGAGCGAAUUCGAGCGAUGCUCUUUCCGCAUUCCUCACGAUUGGCUCUUCUUUUGUACUCUCGGGCUUGCGCGCCAACACUUUAAGGGUUCUAAGGUAUCACUGGAAGCUAUGAAAGAGAGUUUGGAGAUCAAGUUGGAGGGAGACGCCCAUAGAGCCAUGGCAGAUGUGAAUGCACUGUCAUUGGUUUUUCGGGAACUAACGAUCCGUUUGGAAAAGACGCUAGCCAACUUAGUCAAGGACUCAUUCACAGCCUCAGAGUUGAGCAAGACGAGCUCCAAGAAGGAGAAGGCCAGCAAUGCUAAGCCAAAGACUUCAAAGUAGAAAGUUCAGAAGUCUGAGCCAUGGCAUUCUCCCUGCAGUUUAUUUGCUAUUGGCCUUGCUUUGUUUCUCUGUUACUUCUAGUUGUAGUAGUUAUUAGUUGGUAAUCUUAUUGGAAAGUCACUGAUUGUACAUUCCAAGGCUGCCUUCAGCCAUUUGACGCUGAAUAGCAGCAAACGUUAUUGUGUUCUAGUUUAUAAGAAGGAAAGAAUACUAGUGGACUAUAGCAAAAAUUGUGAACUUGUUUCAUUAUGAAAAAGGUUGAAGAAAUCAAAGUAACUUUCCCAUUCAAAAGAGAUUUAAUCUUUAAUUUCAUUGAACAACUAACAAAGAAUAGUUGCUAACAAUGAAAAAGGUUGAAGCAAAUAUUUGAAGGACUUCAGGGAUUGCAUAUAAAUCGGUUACCUUUAA